CGGGGGCUCCCUCUCUCUGCAGCGGGCGGACGGGCGGUCUGCUCGGACCUCAAAGCCUCCAGUUCCAGCCCGGCCAUGACCUGACGCGACCGCAGCUCCGCAGGCUUGUCCGCCCGGUUCUCCAGACCAGAGUGUGUAGGAGAGGCGGCAGCGGCGGCGGCGGGGGCAUGCGUAUAGGAAGCAGCUGGAGGUGGCAGCUCUCCCGGGCCAUGCGACUCACGCUGCGCUGGUGCCGGUUAUGCCGUCUGCAGAGAGGAAGCCGGGGCAAGCCGUGGAUCAGCGGCCGGAUCCUGGAGCUGUGGAGUUACAGCAACCUGCUGCUCCGGUCGCUCUUUUACAACAGUCUGACCAACUCGGACACGCUGCUGGACUGUGCCUUUGAACCAGUCUACUGGAUCGUAGACAAUGUGACCCGCUGGUUCGGAGUAGUGUUCGUCUGUCUCGUCACCAUCCUGACGUCCUCGAUCGUGGUCAUCGUCUAUAUGUUCGUCCUACCCACCAUACUCAGGACUUACCCAGCGCACUGGAUCGCGUGGCACCUCUGCUGUGGCCACUGGCUGCUCGUCAUGGUGGUCUUCCAUUACUACAAGGCCACCACCACCGCCCCCGGACACCCCCCCAAGGACAAAAUCAACAUACCGUCUGUGUCCAUAUGUAAGAAGUGUAUAACUCCCAAACCCCCGCGGACGCACCACUGCAGCAUCUGCAACGUGUGUGUUUUGAAGAUGGACCAUCACUGUCCCUGGCUAAACAACUGCGUGGGUCAUUUCAACCACCGCUACUUCUUCUCCUUCUGCAUCUACAUGACUUUGGGCUGCAUCUACUGCAGCAUCAGCAGCAGGAACUUGUUUUUGGAUGCCUAUAAUGCCAUUGAGACGUACUAUCAAACCCCUCCUCCUGACUUCACGUUGAGAGAAACCACCGCCCACAAGAGCAUCAUCUUCCUCUGGGUGCUGACCAGCUCGGUGGCGGUUGCCCUGGGAGGACUCACCCUUUGGCACGCCAUACUGAUCAGCCGAGGGGAGACCAGCGUGGAGCGCCACAUCAACCGCAAAGAGACCAAAAGACAGAAGGAGAAGGGCAAGGUGUUCAGAAAUCCAUUUCAUCACGGGAAAAUGAACAACUGGAAGCUGCUGUUCGGUGUGGAGAAAAAGAGUCACUGGUUUACGCGAGUCCUCCUGCCGUCCACCCAUCUCCCCGGUGGAGACGGCAUCAUAUGGGACUGCCUCUUCAUCAGGAACGACCCAAUGGCCAUCUGACUCUCCAGCUCUCGUAUUCCCAGACGUAUCACGAGCUUCAGACCUCUGUCCCGCGGGUGACGAGCCUUUUGCCCGUGCCUGAAAUCGUUUAUUCACACGUCCGACCAUCACACUUGCGACGUGGACUGGAUUUGAUGCUGCUGGUCAGCAUCUUCAGUCAAGCUCCUCCGCCUGUGAGCGAAGACACGGCUGAGUGGAUUUACACCAAGGCCUUGUGGGACGCUGAAGGACCGUGACUGAGCUCACAGCGUGUUAAUGGUGCUGUGUUGCAGACUUCUAAGAAAACUCAUGAAACAUUUUUACAGUAGAAUUAAUUUAUUGCGCAGAAAAUAUCGAACGGCUUUAAUUUCAUACUAAGCUUUGUUCAGAGUACCGAAGAUCUUUGAUGUGAGCGAUGGCAGUUUUCAAGAGGUAUGAAGUGGAGAAAAAGCGUUAAGUCUGGAACAAGAGCACGCCUGUGCAUGGAACGGAAACUAAGUUCUUUCUGCGGGAGCCUCACUCUUAUCUCUAGAAAAUGUGUGAUUCACUGAACAUUUCAGCCUCAGAUACUCAAAAUCAGCUCAGUGUUUGAUCACGGCAGACUGUUUUAUGUGGUGCCUCAUUUUUAUUUUCCCGCCGGGUUGCUGAACAAAGUCUCAAAAAACUUAACAAAUCCAUUUGAUGCUGUCUCACCAGAAAUCACCUAUAUUGUGAACUCUCACUCAUGAUUUCUGACGCUUCUGUUGGAUUAGUGUCAUCUUCUACUCUGAUUUAGGUGAUUUGGUUUGUUGCUGCAACACACCCAAUUGCCAAUAACUGUGCUUUUGGGGGCAUCAUGCUUAGAUUCAGAUGUGAUCAAGAUCCAAGGUCCUGUAGAAACAAACUGAAAGGGAGAACGUGCAAACUCCAGAGAGAAGAAAGUCCAGCUUGCACCACCAGCACCGUUGUCCGGUAAACGGACCGCGUCAAAACGCAACGGAAGUUUUGCAGUUUCACUUGAAAACGUUGUGCAGAACAGGGCUGAAGUCUACCACACGGUUAUGUGUUUGUGCGUGCGUGCGUGUGUGUGUGUGUUGGGGGGGAUUCCAGGAAUUGUCUAGAACUUGGUUUCAUUCCUGCAUGACUGGAAGUGUAAAACACAGCAGCAGUAACACCUGUCAGCUCUGACUCAUUUUAGCUUAUUUAAAAAGCCAAUGAAUACUUUAUAAUAAGUGUGUUUCUGCCUCUUGUUGUCGGUAAAAGUUCCAUUUUCAUCCUGUUACUAUUUAAGAAAACUGUAUUACUGUGGCGUGUUUACAACUGCGGAUGGCGGGCCGAAGGAUCGGUGGCCCAAAAAUCGAACUCUUGUGCCAAAGAGCUGCAGAAAAAGAAGAAAGUGUUUCCCUUUUGCUACAUUUCUCACUUGAAAAAGAGGCGGUUGUGUGCCUUGUGUCACUGUCCAGCUUUAAAGGCGUUUUCGGUCCUUUCCGAGUUCGUGACGAAGUGGUGGGAAACGCAGUUGCCAUAGCGACUGAACUUCCCUGCAGGAGCUGUGCUCCACUCAAGAUCCUUUUCUUUCUACAAUAAAAACUUUUUUUUUUUUGGAGGGGUA